GGCAGCAGCAUAUACGAAUCCUCAGCGCUUUUAUUCCCACUGCCAGUCGCAAACAGACCGUGUUGGAAUCAAGACGUGAUCACCACCCCACAUAUAUAUGUGCACAGUGAUACCGCGGUGUUCAAAAAAACAAUCAACCGAGCGACCGACCAACCGAUCGACCAACCAAUCGACCAAUCAACAAAUACAAUUGUUUUAGAAGAUUAAUUCCGAGCAUCGGCGAUCUAUAUACAAGCGGGUCAAGAGGUCUAGCCAGAUAGGAGGAAGCGGAGGCGGAGCAGCUCCAGCUCUCCAUAUCCCAUAGUCCAUAAGAUUCGAUACGAUCAACGGCAACCCAAACUAAGCGAUCUUGAAGUGUUGUGCGCGCGUGUGUCUUUAAUCUUUAAAUCCAAAAUAAAAACUAGUGGCAGUGUGGCUUUGCUUUGAAAUCCGAUGCCAGCGGUUCAUAGAAUAUAGAAAAUCCUGCUGGAAAACCGAGCUGCAAUGGAAACCCCCGCACACACGCAUAUGUGCGCCUAGUGGGUAAUUUCCCGAGUUCCCGAGUUUGUUUUCCGAGCUGCCUGCUCGAACAGUUGGCAAUCCGUCGCCCGAGCGAGUGCAACGUGUCCUGGCAUCGAUAAAUAAAUAAAAAUAAAUAUAUAAAGAAAAUCGGAAAACCGUGAUUUGUGAUUUGUGAUUUGUAAACUGUGAACCGAACAGAGAGCCACGUAAAAAGUGUUUUCCUUCGGCCAAAGAAUUGUUGUUGUGAAAUCGAAGCGAUUGAGUGAUUGAUUGAUCACUCAUCACAAAAUGACUUCCCUCGUGUACACCGUCUUUCAUUUGGCCUCGCUCCAGUGCUCAGUGCGUCCGGAGAUCUCGCCCUGCACCUGCGAAACGGGCAAGGCCUGGAACCAUGUGGAGCUCUCCUGCGAGAAACUGGAAUCCUUCAACGCCGUAGUGGACAGCCUGGCCAAUAAGCUCAAUGCCGACACGCAAAUCGACCUGAAAAUCACGCACUCCCAACUGGACGACCUGGAAAUGCGAUCAUUUACGGAUAUGAACUUCAACUUGUACAAGCUACGGAUGCAAUGGAACGGUCUAAGAUCGCUGCCCGAGGUGCCGUUCCGCGGGUUAUCGAAUGUCACCUACCUAAGCAUCGGCGACAACGAACUCGACGAGAUCCCGAAGCACGCCUUGAGCCACAUGCCGAGCCUGCUGACGCUGGACAUUGGGCGGUGCAACAUACGGGCGGUGCAGCAGGAGGACUUUCGGGGCAUCCAGCGGGUGACGAACCUGAUCCUGGUGAGCAACAUCAUCACGCGGCUGGACAGAGGCUCCUUUCCGCAGAGCCUGCUGAUCCUGCACCUGGGCAGAAACCAACUGGAGUCGCUGAAUGGAUCGCUGCACGACCUGGACAACCUGCAGUCGCUGUUCAUCAAUGCGAACAACAUCACAUCGCUGGACGGCGAACUGCCGGACGGCAGUCAGUUGCGCCUGCUGAUGGCCCACAACAACCGGCUGGAACGAUUGCCGGCCAACAUGGCCGGCAUGCACAGCCUGGAGACGAUGCACAUACAGUGCAACCAGCUGAGGUCCUUCGACCGUGUGCUCCGCAACGCCGUCAAUCUGUCCGAGGUCAUGGCCGAGAACAACGAGCUGGAGUAUUUGGCCCAGGACGAAUUCGGCUCGUGCUCCAAGGUGGAGACCCUGCAGAUGGGCUGCAAUCACAUCCGAUCGCUGAACUCCUCGCUGCUGCCCAUCCUCAAGCUGAAGACGGCCAACUUCUCCUUCAACGACAUUGAGGAGUUCUCCAUGGCGGAGCUGCACGGACUGCGCUCGCUGAAGACCCUCCAACUGUCCAGCAAUCGCAUCCAACGACUGCUUCCCGAUCCCCGGGGAGUGCAGGAUCUGAUGCUUGUCAAUCUGGACCUCGAUAACAACAGAAUCGAUUCCCUGAAUGGAGCUUUGGCCGGCCUGGGUAAUCUCCGGAUACUCAAUCUGGCCGGGAACCGAUUGGAGCACCUCCAGGUGGGCGAUUUUGAUGGCAUGAUCCGGCUGGAUAUACUCGACCUCACCGGCAACCAGCUGGCGGAGCUCAAGCCCUUGGAAAUGACCUUGUUGCCCAGCCUGAAGAUCCUCAAGGUGGCGUACAACAACAUUACCAAACUGGAGCAGGACUUCAAGGGUCUGCCCGUUCUGUGCCAGGCCAACCUGACCAACAACCAGAUCUCGACCAUUUCGAGCGAACUCGUCACCAACACGCGCUGCAAAAAUCACAAUGUUCCCGGCAAACUGGAGAUUCAUCUAGAUGACAAUCCCAUAAUGUGUGACGUGCGCCUGAACGAGCUGUGUCGUCUGAUGGCGGUCCAGGAGGCCCGAAUCCGGGGUCGAUCCCAGUGCUUCGAGAACGACCAGGAGGUGUGCACUGUGCUGCCAAUGCUGUACAAGGUGGACCUGCCCAUAAUGGUGACCAAUCUGAAGUUGGGCGGACGCGAGGAUGCCAAACCGGUGAUGCAGAUGCUCGUGCCGCAGCUGAUCAAGGCCAAUGAUGAGCUCCUGCCGCCGAUCAUUUCCACUCUUGGCAAUCCGGUGCUCAUUGGCACCACUCUGAUCAAUCCGGUGAUUUCGCCUCUGCCGGUACCGCUCCUGCUGACCACCACUCCGCCACCGCCACCUCUGCCACUUCCCCUUCCCGUGGAGCCGGAAGUGGAGAAGAAUGAAUCCACCACGGCCAAUCCUAUUACCACUAGCAGCACAGAGGAGUCCACAACCUCGACAACGACCACGACAAUGACCACGACGACGACCACAAGCGCCUCGACGACGACCACAGAGGCCAGCAGUCCGGUCAUCACGCCGACCGAGGUGAUAACCACCACUGCACCCACCACCACGACCACCAGCACCACGACGCCCAAACCCAAUGAAACGCUGCCCGUGAUUGUGGAGCUCCAGGAGCCCAAUCCGCCGGGCACUCCGCUCAACCAAACGGUUGUGGUGGACGGGGCCCAGGAUAAGGCAGAUGCUCUGGUGCCGCCGGCUGUUCAGGAUCCUCUGCAGCAGGAGCUGGAAAGGGAGAGUGAGAGGCAGAUGCAGAGGGAAAAGGAGAGAGAGAGGGAGAGGGAAAGGGAUCUGGAGCGGGAUCUGGACCACGAGGCGGUGGCCAAGACCGAGUACGAGACGGUCGAGUACAUCCCCAAUCUGGUGCAGCCGCCGCCGGUGGGCAGUGAGGCACUGACGCCGCCGCCCAGCAAGGCGAACGCCCUCGAGGAGGACUCCGAGUCCGUGCACUCGAACUCCGUGCAUGCGGAGUACCCGCAGAGCCUCCAGAUACCCGAGGAGCCGCCGGAGGAGUGAGGCCUCCGCUCCAGGGGGUUCUCGGGCUCAUCGGGCUCAUCGAGCUCCUCGGGGGAAGUCGCCCGAAAAACAAAACACAUUAUUCUACUGUAAAUCGCAGACGGACGGAGGAGGCGGAUUCGAUGGAGAUCGGAGCAGCGGAUCAGCGGAUCAGCGGAUUAGCGGAUUAGCGGAGCAGCAUGCAAACGGCGGAUCUGUAUGCCUUAAGUUAACUUAGUUCUUAUGCUUUAUUUAAGCCAUCGCUAAAUCGAACAGUUUGUCGGACCGAACGCUUUUUUGUUGAGUUUUUUUUCGUCGAUUUUCUUGCAAAACUCGAUCACGAUUUCUCGGGGGUUCAAUGACCCAGGAAACAGGACGAACGUACGAGGACAGUCUUAUGAUUUAAGCUUAUUUGUUGGGGGCUCAAUUUCGCGAUGUGUGUGUUUUGGCGUUGGCAGGCGGGCAUUUUUUGGGCUUUUUAAUUUUACGAAAUAUUUUUUGGGAAGCUUGCUAAAGUGUUUGUGUAUUUAUUACCACCUUAAUUUAAAGAAAAAAACCAAAUUAAGUUGAAAUUAAAAACAUCACUAUUGGGAAAGUUGAAAUACAUAGAAUGACAGAGAACAAAUGAAUUGAAAUUUAAACCCUUGUAAGAAUCGCAGAAAAUCCGUUAAAUUGAUAACCAAAAAAUAACCCGUAGAAACAGAAAGGUGGCGAUAUCGUAUAUGCAACUGCAUAUGCAAAUUAUCUAUAUUUAAUAACUGUAUACACGUAUGAACGUUGAAUAUCUACACGUAGGUACUUAGAGUUAAACGACAGCAAAAACAAAUCGCAUCGAGCUAAUGUUAAUAACGAAAAGCACUCACUCACAUACAAACACACAAAACCACAUACACAAACAAACACAAACCGUAGCCGUGCACAUGCACAAAUUGAAAAAAGAAUAAAAACAACA